AUGCCACGCGCCAUCAUCUCUGGUCAAUUCAGUGACAAUCAAAUCGUAGCAGAUCUGGAGCCGCAAUUUAGUCAGUACCCAGCCAACAAGCUUGAGUUCUUACUCGGCGCCGCCAGCUCGCUAGAUGCGAACAGCAACAGCUUUACCGUCACGUUAAACAAAGGUGGUCAAAAGGUCGUCAAGUACAACCGCCUCAUCAUCGCCACAGGUUCGUCUGCCAAGGAUGGAAUGCCAUGGAAGUUGGGCGCCAGUGCUGGUAUCACCCUGGAUAGCUUGCACGAGCUGCAGGAUAAGAUCAGAAAGGCACAAACGGUGGUCGUAGCAGGUGGCGGCCUGACGGGAGCAGAGAUGGCUGGCGAGCUUGGGUUCGAAUAUGCCAGUCAGAGCAAGAAGGAGGUUAUCUUCAUCUACAACGACAUGAUAUCGAAGACACACGUUACCGACGUCACAACUGAGGGUGCCAACACGAUCAUCAAAGUGCGUGGCAGCGAUGGAGAGAUGUCAUCCGUUCUGGCGCAAACUUACAUUCCGUCCCUUGGACUGUCGCCCAACACAGCCUUUGCACCAGCUAGUAUGCGCAACGCAAACGGUUACCUCAAACAGAUGACGACGCUACAGAUAGAGGGCCACCCAAAUAUCUUUGUAGCGACUCACUUCAUCAAGAACCUUUCCACGAUUCUGUCGGGAGGCCAGAUGCUUGAGUACUCUGCGAGCUCGAGGAAGUUUUACGGAUUCACGCUGGAUCGCAGCCGCGCGAUAGGCCAGAUGGGUAACUGUAAAUUGUUCAGCUUACUAGUGUGA